UUCAACUCUAACACUUCAACACCACGCCUUAUAUUUCAAGCGCAUUCCUCGUCUGUCUGCGCUUGUUAUUUCUGAGUGUUUUUUUCUUCCACCCUAACAAAACCUCUUGUCUCCCUGUAGAGGUUUAACAAAGCUCUACCUUCUGUAUCAUUAGGUGGGUGCUGUCAAAGUCUCAAUCUCAAGUGUCCACCAUGACUGUCACUCCCAACAUUUCCAUCAACGAUGGAAACUUGGUGGUUCACGGGAAGACCAUACUUACCGGAGUGCCGGAAAACAUUGUGCUCACUCCAGGAUCCGGUGUCGGACUCGUCGCCGGUGCCUUCAUUGGUGCCACGACCUCUCACAGCAAGAGCCUCCAUGUCUUCCCAGUUGGUGUUCUAGAGGGUCACCGGUUCAUGUGCUGUUUCCGGUUCAAGCUAUGGUGGAUGACUCAGAGGAUGGGGUCAUGUGCGAAAGAAGUUCCACUGGAGACUCAGUUCAUGCUUGUGGAGACCAAGGAUGAUGUUGAAGGAGGUGAUGUCGAAUCAUCGACUGUCUACACUGUCUUCCUUCCUCUGCUGGAGGGCCAGUUCCGGUCAGCUCUCCAAGGGAACGAGAGGAAUGAACUGGAGAUUUGCCUCGAGAGUGGAGAUUCUGAUGUUCAGACCAAUCAAGGUCUUUGCCUUGUUUAUGUGCAUGCUGGGACUGAUCCAUUUCAAGUCAUCACCCAGGCUGUAAAGGCUGUAGAAAAACACAUGCAGACCUUUGUCCAUCGUGAGAAGAAGAAGUUGCCUUCUUUUCUCGACUGGUUUGGCUGGUGUACAUGGGAUGCGUUCUAUACUGAUGUCACAGCUGAGGGUGUUGAUGCUGGUCUGCAAAGCUUGAAUGAGGGAGGGACACCACCGAGAUUUCUAAUCAUAGAUGAUGGCUGGCAACAAAUUGAAAGUAAACCCAAGGAUAGUAAUGUUGUAGUACAAGAAGGAGCACAGUUUGCAAGCAGGCUUACAGGAAUAAAGGAGAAUGAAAAAUUCCAAAAGAAUGGACACAGUGAGCAAGUCUCAGGCCUGAAACAUGUUGUUGAUGAAGCAAAACAGCAUCAUAAUGUGAAGUUUGUGUAUGUAUGGCAUGCACUAGCUGGUUACUGGGGUGGAGUGAAACCAGCUGCUUCUGGCAUGGAGCAUUAUGACACUGCUUUGGCAUAUCCAGUCUCAUCUCCUGGUGUGACUGGAAACCAACCUGACAUAGUUAUGGACAGCUUAGCUGUUCAUGGUCUUGGUUUAGUGCACCCGAAGAAAGUUUUCAAUUUCUACAAUGAGCUUCAUGCGUAUUUGGCUACCUGUGGAGUGGAUGGAGUUAAGGUUGAUGUACAAAACAUCAUUGAGACUCUUGGUUCUGGACAUGGUGGCAGAGUUUCUCUUACCCGAAGCUAUCACCAGGCUCUCGAGGCUUCGGUCGCUCGGAACUUUCCUGACAAUGGAUGCAUUUCUUGCAUGUGUCAUAACACUGAUGGGCUAUACAGUUCCAAGCAGACUGCUGUCGUGAGAGCCUCUGAUGACUUCUACCCACGGGACCCUGCUUCUCACACGAUUCAUAUUUCUUCUGUGGCUUAUAACACCCUUUUCCUUGGAGAGUUCAUGCAGCCAGACUGGGAUAUGUUUCACAGUUUACAUCCAGCAGCAGAUUAUCAUGGCGCAGCUCGUUCUAUCGGUGGGUGUGCAAUCUAUGUUAGUGAUAAACCUGGAAACCACAACUUUGAUCUUUUGAGGAAGUUGGUCCUGCCUGAUGGAUCUGUCCUCCGAGCCAAAUUACCUGGUAGGCCAACACGUGAUUGUCUCUUUGCUGAUCCGGCAAGAGAUGGAACCAGCUUGCUUAAGAUAUGGAAUGUGAACGAGUGCUCUGGUGUCAUUGGUGUUUUCAACUGUCAAGGAGCCGGUUGGUGCAAGGUUGAAAAGAAGACCCGCAUCCAUGAUACAUCUCCUGGUACUCUCACUGGUUCUGUUCGUGCCAUUGAUGUUGAUGCCCUUUCCCAAAUUGCUGGUGAUGACUGGAACGGAGAAACAAUAGUUUAUGCUCACCAGUCAGGAGAAGUGUUUCGAUUACCAAAAGAUGCUUCAGUGCCAGUGACUCUUAAAGUUCUGGAGUAUGAGGUCUUCCAUUUCUGUCCUCUCAAGGAGGUCACACCCAACAUCUCAUUUGCACCAAUAGGCCUGCUGGACAUGUUCAACUCCAGUGGUGCUGUGGAUGAUGUUGUAAUCCAUCUGGCUUCUGACAAGAAAUCAGAGCUUACCACUUCUCUCAGUGCGAAUCGAUCUUCAAGUGCUACAGUAGCCAUCAAAACCAGAGGAUGCGGAAGGUUUGGAGCUUACUCGUCUCAGCGUCCACUGAAGUGUACCAUUGAUAAAGCUGAGACAGAGUUUGAAUAUGACUAUACAACUGGAUUACUGACCUUCACCAUCCCCAUCCCGACAGAGGAGAUGUACAAAUGGCUGGUAGAAAUCCAAGUUUCAUGAGAUCAGGUUGUGGAAUUUAUGUAUUUGAACAAUGAAUGAUAUGGUUGGUUUGUAAAAUAGAGGAGAGACCCUGCUAGGGAAAUAAGCAAACCAUGGCAUUCUGAUUUCUUUUAGAAUAAAAGAGGUCAUUUGUUCCUCUUCAUAGAACAACCAGGUUCCAACAAAA